AUGAUCAUGACCGAAGUCUAUCCAGCCCACUACCACUAUCCCGGCACCGACCACUCCGCCGGCAACUUUGGCCCCGCCUCCAACACUACCAACCAGCCCAUGUCGAGCGGUCAGAACGACGAGAUGGAUAUGCUCAAGACCAACCCGGACAAGAAGACCCGAUUUGCCACCGGCCCCGCGACCUCUCCGGCACAUCAACAAUCCUUCAAUCACGCGGCCAUCUACAACGGCAACAACGGCUUCCCAGGAGCUCAACAGCAACAGCAACAUCAGCAAAACCAAAACAAUAUGGUGGCGAUGGCUGCCAUGCUGGGCCAGAUGCAGCAACAACAACAACAGCAAGCAGGUCAAUCGGCUGGAUAUAACCAACUCAUGAACCAAGCGGGCAUCAGUGGCGUUGGGAUCAAUACUGCUCUGGCAGCUGGAGUCAACGGUUACGGUCAACAUGCUGCUUUUACCUCUCCAUUACUAGGUGCCUUUCCAUCGCCCAACUCGGCUGGAUAUGCUAACUUUCCUUCUCCCGGACUCAGUCAAGGAAGUUAUGCUGCUAUGUCCUCCGCCCAGACUGGCGCAUUUAGCCCUGGUCUCGCCAACGGUAUGGCUCAAGUUAGUGGUGGCGGUACCGCUCAAACUGGCCGGACGGUCUACGUCGGCAAUCUCCCAGCGGAUGCUGCCGUUGAUGAACUCCUCAGCCAAGUUCGCUUUGGUCCCAUCGACACGGUCAAGGUGCUUCCCGAGAAAAACUGCGCCUUCAUCUCUUUCUUAGAUCCGACUACGGCUGCCGCAUUCCAUUCGGAUGCCCUGAUGCGCAAAAUCCAGCUCCAUGGGCAAGAAUUGAAGAUCGGAUGGGGCAAGCCUAGCGCCGUUCCGAUCAACGUCAUCAUGGCCGUUCAGCAAAACGGGGCCACUCGGAAUGUCUAUCUCGGCAACCUGGAGGAAACCGUUACUGAGCAGAGCUUGAGGGAUGACCUCAGCCGAUACGGACCUAUCGACCAAGUCAAAAUCGUCCGUGACAAAAACAUCGGGUUCGUUCAUUUCUUGUCGAUUGCGACUGCGAUCAAGGUCGUCCAAACUCUCGCUACUGAGCCUGCUUGGGCUGGUCGAAGAGUUCACUAUGGCAAAGAUCGAUGCGCCUACGUGCCCAAGAACCAACAUCAACAGCAGCAACACAACAUGGCGGCAGCUGCCAUGGCUGCCACUGCUGCUGGCUACGUUGGCUUUAGCAACACCCUGGCUGGGAUCAGCAUGGAUCCGACCCAAGUCCAACCUGGCAAUCGUACCGUUUAUCUAGGUAACAUUCACCCGGAGACCACUUUGGAAGAGAUCUGUAACACUAUCCGUGGCGGCAUCUUACAGCAAAUUCGUUAUAUUCAGGACAAGCACAUAGCCUUUGUGACAUUUGUUGAUUCAAAUGCGGCUGUCGCCUUCUAUCACACCGCCACGUUCCAAGGCAUUGCCUUGCACAAUCGUCGCUUGAAGGUUGGGUGGGGCAAGCACUCGGGACCCCCCUCGCCCGGUAUUGCUAUGGUCGUUCAAGCCGGAGGCUCCCGUAACGUUUACAUUGGACAAAUUGAAGACAUGGAGACUUUCGAUGAGGCGCGAAUCCGACAAGAUUUCUCCCAAUAUGGUGAAAUCGAGCUGGUCAAUUUGCUCAAGGAGAAGAACUGCGCUUUCGUCAAUUUCACCAACAUCGCCAACUCGAUCAAGGCCAUCGAAGGCAUUAAACAAAAUGAAGAAUACUCCAAAUUCAAAAUUGCAUAUGGGAAGGACCGUUGCGCCAAUGCCCCUCGUAAUGCACCAUGGGCCCAACUCUUUUCGCCGACUCUUUCGACUGGCCCCAACUCCGGCCCCCGCAGUGCGCCUGCCCAGAUGACCGGCUUUAGUCAGUCGAUGAUGGGUAACCCCUCUUCUGGGUUUCACAGCGCCGGAUUCAACCCGAACCCGGGAGUAGAGGACUUCUCGAACAUUGUGGUGACUGCCGAGGGUGGAAGUGCCCACGCUAGUCCCGAAAUGCCACCACCCGAGGCCUGA